AUGGAGCAGCAGCUCCCCCAGAACGAUGUCGCAAUGGUGGUGCUCCAAGGGCCAAUUCCCCCUGCCAGCGUCGUCGUAGACAUGGCAGAGCCCGAGGAGCCGGCCCAGCCUGUCCCCGUCGUGGACAUGGCCGAGCCGGAGGAGCCAGCUCCUCCCACCAGCAAACCGACGGAACUCAACGGGCCAAUUCCCCGCGCCGUCGAGGUGGUCCCCGUCACCGAGACAGCGCAGCCCGAAGAGCUAACCCCCGACGUCGGCGACAUUGUUCCGGAUGCUGCUCCGGACUCCCCCCAGAGCGCCUCGCCCCCGCGAUGGCCCUCUUUCGGAGAAGGUGAGACGGAUUGGAGAGAGCAGAGCGCGUGGUCCGACGACGAUCUGCAACAGCAGGUCCCGUCGAGGCCAGUCACGCCUCGUCGCGAAGCGGAGAUCCGGCCGGGAAUCUCCCCUGGAUCGUCCCUCGAGGAGGAGAUGAUUUGCGCUCUGCUGGGAAUAGCACCCGGCAAUCUUUCGAGGUCGCCAUCGCCUGCCUCCGACAACGAGGACGCUCCCCUGUGGGCGUUCCCGCCAGGCAUGGCCGACAUCCCCGGUGGUGCUACUUCCACCAAUCUAUCGUUGAACGAUCUCUUCGACCUCCGCCAGCAGGUCGAACCCACUCCCCUGUGGGCAUUCCCGCCAGAGAUGGCGGACGCUGGCGCCACCAACAGGUCCCUCAAUGACCUUUUCCGGACGAGCGAGGGCAAUCCUGCCACCGAAGGCGCCGCUGACGAACCUUCGGCGGAGGAGCAAGCCCCAGCCGACCCUGUUGUGCUGCCCGGACCGGAUCCAGUCGCCGAGGCGCAAGAGCCAACUCCAGAGGACCAGCCCCAGGCGGGCAGUUCUGAGUCCCCCGACGACGACAAGGCCACCCUGGCCCCUGGAGAGGAGGUUGCUGAAGAGCAGCCUCCCGCGACAGAGAUUCCGGCCUCAGCCAACAUUCCGGAAGUCAUUGUGACCCCCGAGCCAAAGAGAGUGGUUCAGGUUGACGUCGCGCCUAUCAAGAUAGGGGGGCUUUUCUUCCCCGGCGGGAACACCAUCCUGCCCGUGACUCCAGCUCCCGUGACACCGUUGCCGCAGCCGGUCAAGAAGGGUCCCGACCCAGAGGCUGUGAAAGAAGCCCUGGCGAGGGACCUGCGCAACAUCAUGAGGAGGCGACAACAACCUGCUUCCAUUUUCCACGCGAAGCGCCCGGAGAAGUCGUCGGCUCUGAUUCGCUCGCCACACGCCGCGGAGAGAGAUGCUCAGCUUCGAUCUCCGCAGCCCCUCCGAACCCUCGCGGGUGCUGGAGCGGGUGCCGAUGGCGGAGCGGAUGCCGAUGACGAGACACCGGCCAGCGUGACGAUCGCAUCGCCUGCCGUUA